AUGGCCGCCGCCGCGGGGUGCCCGGCUCCUGCGCGCGCGCCUGCGCGGCCUGGCGCCGCCGCCGUGGCUGCUCCUCGCGGGCCCGCGCCGAGCGGGGGCCUGCUGGCGACCCGGGCCGGGCGGAGCGCGGGGGCCUGCCGGCCGCUGAGCCUGUCGGCGCCGGCGCGGAGCAGCUCAGAAGAUAAAAUAACAGUCCACUUUCUAAACCGUGAUGGUGAAACAGUAACAGCCACAGGAAAAGUUGGUGAUUCUCUGCUAGAUGUUGUGGUUGAAAAUAAUCUAGAUAUUGAUGGUUUUGGUGCCUGUGAGGGAACCUUGGCUUGCUCUACCUGUCACCUCAUCUUUGAAGACCACAUAUUUGAGAAGUUAGACCCAAUCACUGACGAGGAGAAUGACAUGCUUGAUCUGGCAUACGGACUUACAGACAGAUCACGGUUGGGCUGCCAAAUCUGUUUAACGAAAUCUAUGGACAACAUGACUGUUCGAGUACCUGAAACAGUGGCCGAUGCCAGACAGUCCAUUGACAUGGGCAAGACCUCCUAAGCUAGAAUAAAUAGAAAUAUUUUUGCGAAACUUUACCUACCUAUUUUUAUAAUUAUUAUUGAUAUAAUUAAAUGUGAACAUGGAUGAAUGGAUCAUGACUAGCUUCACUACUUUAAUUCACCUUGUAUAGCUACUGAAUUUUGUAGUUCUGAAAAUAUGCAAUUUUUAUUUUGGUUAAAUUGUAAAAAUGUCAACAAAAUAUUAGAAAAUAGUUGAUAUGACAAAACCUAACAUCUUUUACCUUACAUUUGUUUAGCAACUUUAGCCAAAUGUUUUCACAUAAUCUUAAUGUCUGUUAACCUAGAAGGUAGGUUUGAAAAAAGGCGUCAUUAUCCCGGUUUGAUGUAAGUGAAGGCAGAGAUCUAAAACAGCUUGUUUAGGGCCAUAUAACUAAUUAUUAAAUCUGUACUAGAGCCUGCAUCUUGUUACUACAAGUUAUAUGUUCAGACUAAAACUGUAGAAAUUCUGACUGUCUUAUUUAUAGCAGUAAUUAAGUCUGUGUAUAGACAAAAAUAUUUAAUUGCUCAGCAAACUGCCUCAGUUUAAAGAUAGUCAUUAACCUUAUAAAUAAAUAUUUCAAAAUUUUGA